AAUGUGUGGGUGCAGUAGUGUAUAUGUAAUACAUUGUGUAUAUACUGUAUGUGUGUAUCAGUGCCUGAAAUGCCGGUGCCGUUUGGGUCCGCCUUUUAUGACAAAUGGUCGACACAAACAUAACAAUCAAAGCAUUAUUUGAUUGACAAUAAGUAAAUUAAUUGCCAUUAGUUACACAUUGUAUGAAAAAUAGUGAUUGAAUUGCAUUGAAUGCAAUGCAUUGCAAAUCAUAAUAAACUCAAUUGAAAUCAAUGUGUGCUUUGAUUUUGUUGUGAAUUCAAUGCGUUUUGAAAGUGCUGUCAAAUAGUGGUUAUAUUUGACUGCAAUAUCAAUAAAUUGAUUGAUCGGAGAUAAUGAGUGAUUUGAUGGAUGAGAUGAAGACAUUGACCAACGAUGAACUCAAACAUCGUUUAGAAACCGACUUUCAGUUUUCUUGCGGACCGAUCACUACAUCCACACGUAAUGUCUAUCUUAAGAAAUUGGUAAAACUGAUCCAAGAGAGAGAAGAUAUAAAUAUAAAUAUCAAUAAUAGUCACGACAAUAAUCAUCAAAAUAAUGGCACCGAUGAAGGCAAUGGUAACGACGACUAUGAAAGCACUGUCCGAUUAUCGGCUAAAUCGUCUCCAUCACGGACUCGCAAUUCUCCGCGAAGACGACUUGAAGAGGAACAGUCUGUUGCGACCAAAACAUCAACGCCGAAGAAUAAGCGCCAUUCAACUCAAACUGUCUCAACAGCUAAGAAAUCUUCGAGUAAGUCAAGAAAGACAAUAGCCUUCAUGAAUGAAGAGACAGCCGCCGGACACUUGAAAGAGCUGAACAGUCACUCAUUGAACAACUAUUCUUCUGAAAGUUCAGAAAAUGAUGAGAAAAUCGAUGAAAGUUUAUCAAAACUACGGAAAUCUCCGCGAAAGAAGAUGAUGAGCCCACAGACGCCGCGUCCUUUACAAGAACAACCAUCCGGUUCUCAAAGAGUGCCUUUUGCCCGACCAUAUCCACCAUCAUUGACUCCAAGUGCAUCAAAAAUGUCAAACAUUUUAUCACUUACUCGUCCACCACUGCGUCGAUCCCCACAAUCUGGUUCACAGAUGUCCUCAAAACUGGCUAAUUAUAGUGACAGUGAAGACACAGAACAGGAACAGAAGAGUACUGAUUAUAUUCGUGACCGUUUGCUCCGUCAUAGACCUGGUUUAAGUAUCGGAUCGUUUGGUAAAAAGGGUCCUUCGGGUGCAAACGGCACGGGUUUUGAAGACGCCAAUAGUUACGGCUCGACUUCUAAUUUUAUAUCGUUUGCAAUAUUAGUUAUUGUCGUCCUUUUCUUUGUUUUCAUCUUUUCCUUCUAUUUCUACACACGAAUCAGUUCAUCGCCAAAACCGACCGUUGAUUUAUCCAAUUUUGAAUUUAUUCGCGAAGAUUUGGUAGCACCGAUAUGUUUAGAUAAUGAUCCUAUUGGUAGCAAUGAUUUAUGUCUUAAAUACCAAUCAGACAUAAUGCCAGCACUUAAGAUUGCCAAAGAAGUCAAGAAUUUUAUGGAUAAAUCAAUUUUAAUUAAUUAUUGUGGAUCUGAUUCAAGAGUCCAAUCGUUUUCCGAUUUUAAGUUAUUGUCGACAUUGACUAUUAAGAGAGGAAUCAGAAAUCAAAUAGAGAUUGAAAGAGAAGGAAGAGAUGGAAUUAAAGAUGAUUUGUCUGAUGAUGUGGUCUUUGACAGAGAUUUUAUAAAUGCUGUUUCAUUGAUUCAACUCAAUCCCAAUUGGCAAUUGUUAGUUACAGGAGAUAACUUGGAGCCUCUUUCAGCCAUUACCAUAAGCGAGGAUUAUCCUCUUAAUCUACCAUUUGGUUGUCAAGCGUUUAUAAUAUUGAAAUUAAAUUUAUAUAAAAUAUUUAGUGCAUUAUUAAUCAUUUUUAUGACGAUUGCGAGUAUUUUCUAUUAUAAAAGAUCGAAAAAACUCGCCACAGAAGAGCAGGACUUGAUCUAUGAUUUAGUGGAAAAAAGUCUUGAAUUGCUUCAGUCACCCGAUAAUCCACAAUCAAUGCCUGUUUUGCAUAUUCGUGAUACACUUCUUUCGCCAUCUGAGCGAAAGACAUCAAAGUAUAAAAAGAUUUGGAAUAAAGUCGUCAAACACAUUGAAUCGACUGAAUCCAGAGUUAAAGUAGACAUUGAAAACAUUGAAGGAGACGAUUACAAGACAUGGAAAUGGGUGGCCACUAAUGUUGUCAAUAAUGAUAACCAAAACAUCAGUGCUUCAACUAUAAUACGCACCGGUACUAUUGAAUGGCAGGGACAGGCAUUUAAUAAUGAUCAUAAUGUAACUGCUCCACAAUCUGUGUCCACUGCCACUAACGGUACGCCGGCAUCUAAGCCAAGUUUUGCAGCGCCGACAUCUUUCUUGAAGAUUAGGAAUAUGUUUAAUGAAGAAACAAAACUCUUAAAUCCCAACGGAUGGAAAAACAAGAUUCGCAGCGCUGUUCUCGAGAAGAUAUCAAUUGCAGCCAAAAGUGGUAAUCAUGGCGUUCUUCAUCUUGAAGUGGAAGACUCGCCCGAAGGAUUAGUUUACGUAAAAUGUGAUUCUAUAGAGUCAGCGACUGAUGCAUUCAAUGCACUUCAUGGUUGGUGGUGUCAGAAGAAGUUAGUGUCCGUCAAGUUUCUCAAACCCGAUCGCUAUCACCAGAGAUUUCCGGUUUCCACUCACAACAAGACUCCCGUUCCACUCACAGCUCUUUAAGACGACUUGUUUUUUGUUUAAUUAUUCGUGAUUUUUGUUUAAUCGAUAUAUUAUUUCAUUAUAUUAUUAUUAAU